GGCGUCGUGUACCGGGGGAAACUCUCCGACGGGCGCGAAGUCGCGAUCAAGAGAGGCGAAACGGGGCCGAAAACGAAGAAGUUUCAGGAGAAGGAGAGUGCAUUUGAAUCAGAAUUGGCAUUCUUGUCUAGGCUUCACCACAAGCAUUUGGUGAGGCUUGUUGGGUUUUGUGAGGAGAAAGAUGAGAGGCUGUUGGUUUAUGAGUAUAUGAAAAAUGGGGCUCUUUAUAAUCAUCUUCAUGACAAGAACAACUCUGAAAAAGCCAGUAGCCUUGUAAACUCUUGGAAAAUGAGGAUCAAAAUUGCUUUAGAUGCAGCUAGAGGAAUUGAAUAUCUUCACAAUUAUGCAGUCCCUCCCAUCAUCCACAGAGACAUCAAAUCCUCCAACAUUCUCCUCGACUCGAAUUGGACGGCGAGAGUGUCUGAUUUCGGGUUGUCGUUGAUGAGUCCGGGGUCGGAUCGUGACUUCCGACCCACGAAGGCAGCUGGGACAGUUGGUUAUAUUGAUCCUGAGUACUAUGGAUUGAAUGUUUUGACUGCUAAGAGCGAUGUGUAUGGUCUUGGGGUGGUGUUGUUGGAGCUUUUGACAGGGAAGAGAGCUAUAUUCAAGGAUGAUGAACAGGGAGGGACGCCUGUGAGCGUUGUCGAUUUUGCGGUGCCUGUGAUUAUGGUUGGGGAACUGGUGAAGAUCUUGGAUCAGAGGGUCGGGCCACCGCAGUUGAACGAAGCGGAGGCUGUGGAGCUGGUGGCUUACACGGCGAUGCAUUGCGUGCAUUUGGAAGGGAAAGACCGCCCGACGAUGACCGACAUUGUCGCUAAUUUGGAGCGAGCUUUGAACCUCUGUGAUGAUAGCCAUGGCAGCAUCUCUAGUGGUGGAAUUUCCAUUGUUUCAGAGUGAAAWAAUUCUUCAAACACAAGAAAAUUUUUGAGAUGUUCAUUGCUUUUUUCCUCUCACAUUCUUUAUGGUAUACUCUUAGUCUUAGGUGUAAAAAGUUGAAAAAUUUUCAUAUCUAACAUUGAGUUCAACAAAAAACAUCACUUUUUUCCACCAUACAAUUCUCAAAUUCUGUCGACCCUUUUUUCGCCAUGUUUGAGCAUCUUUGUUCAUAUGUCGAUAUGAUCGUUCUCGAUAGAUCAUGGGACCAUCACGAACAUUUUGAUCGAUUGGAAACUAGAGUUAUGAUUCUCCAUCUGGUAUACUCUUAGGUACAAAAAGUCAAGACGUUUCCAUGCCUCUAUAGUUUUGAUAAUAAUACACC